AUGACAAGCGGUGAAGCAUGCUUGGUUUUGAUCCACCCUGCGGUGACGACGAGCCCAGAACUGCUUGAAGACGCCAAGCGUUCGCCAGCGCUGUCGAACGCUUCGACGCUGGAACAACAUCUAGUGAAUCGGGUGAAUGACGGGAACGUGAAACUUGCAGACGCGCAGUAUGAUGUGAUCUACUAUGUGACGCCGGAAAAACGCGACGAGAUCGUUUUCCCAGGGAAGCUGAUUGCGACGCUAGGUAGUGCGCUCAGAACGGGCGGGAAAUUGUACGGGCUGAGCAACGCAUACAAGGUGGACGCCCUUGUGAACGGAUUUUCGGUGAUGGAGAACAGUGGUAGCGAGUACUUCUGGGUGAGACAUGGGACCCAAGAGAGCGCGGCCGCGGUUGCGCUGCUGCCUAAGAAAAAGUCAGCGAACGCAGGAGCUGCAGCCGCUGCUCCUGCGGGCAAGAAACAGUUACCGACGUUCCGUCGGAAAGUCGCGCCGCAGGUUGAGCCAGUGAGUGACACGCUGGGCGGAGACGACGACGUCAGCGACUCCGACGACGAGCUGGAUGCCGCCGCUGUGAGCAAACUUCAGUAUUUCAAGAUCGAUAGUGAUGAUACCACGGAAAAUGGCGCCGCACUGAUUGACGAGGAUACACUUGUCGAUCAGGACGCGGAUCAGGAUAUCACUUUGGUCACGUGCGGCAAGACCAAGGCCCGCAGGCGUAGGGCGUGCAAGGACUGUACCUGUGGCAUGAAGGAGAUGGAAGAGCAAGAAAUAGACGCUGCGCGGGCUGCACAGCUCAAAGUGCUGGCCAAACCGGUCGCUUUCUCUGCCGACGAGCUUACUGAGAUUGAUUUCACGGUCCAGGGCAAGAAAGUCGGCGGGUGUGGGUCUUGCGCUCUUGGCGACGCGUUCAGGUGCUCCGGGUGUCCCUACUUGGGGCUCCCGGCGUUCAAGCCGGGCCAGCAGAUCAGCGUCGCCGGCGUAGCCGACGACUUGUGA